GUUUUUAUCUCACGGCGGAGAGUGUAACUCGAAUUUUCCAGAAGUCGUGAUAGGCACGUCUCCUGUUUCUACUGUGACCCUAAAGAGCUUGAUGGGUGCUGGAGCGGGGAAUCUAGCUUUAAUUGCUCGAUAUGAUCAUCUGUGAAGGCCUUCCCUACCUGCCCUUUAAUUGGCUGUGCCAUACCGUCGCUCGAAUGAGGGGUUCUUGAGAGUCGGGGCGGCCAUGGUUCGGCGAGAAAGGAGUUUGUUUAAAGAGGGUCAUAAGAACAUGAAGUUAUUUUCUGUCUGCGUGUUUGCGGAGGGAUCGAGAAUAGAUGGAUUUCUAGUACCGUAUUGGUGUUUGCUUGAUACGGUACCCACUGUGCGGUUCUGUGCGCGGAGACCAGCAGACAAUCGGAUUGAGAUGGCAUUCUCACAAUGAAAUUGUUAGAGGAAGUGUUGGUGUUUCGUCACGUGAGACGGUUGAGAUUACAAAAUGAUGCGUGUGCACGCGAGUACCGGCACUGCUGUACGAGUAUCGUACUGUACUCGUACUUGGUGCUCGCAUGGUGGGCUAGACUAGACAAGAGGAGUCCACUAUCCACUCGAGUAUCAUACAAGUAUGAUACUGUACUCGAGUAA